AUGCCGGGUGAACGAUCAAACACCAACACGCCGCUGGGCAACAUCAACAACCACAACAACAGCUCUGCCCAGCGCCACCCAUCGCAAUCCCAAUCGCAAUCCCAACCCCAAGGCCAAGGCCAGUCGACUUCGCCCAUCCAGCUCAUCUCCAAGAUACCCUACAUCCUACCUCAUGAGCGCGUCUUUCCUAUCCAGAUCGGCUCCGAGCUGUACAAGCUCUCAGGCGCAUCCCUCUCAUCGGACGCCCCGUCUUAUUUCUCUCAGUACUUCCUCUGCCAGAUCAAACAGGCCGAGGAGGCGGGCCAGGACAUAGGCAACGCCAUCCGCACUCUCUAUAUUGACCGGGACCCCGUCACUUUUAAGGACAUCUCCCUCCACCUGCAGGGCUACCAUGUGCAGCCCCGUGAUGGGACGCACUUUGUGCGGCUAUUCGCCGACGCGCAAUUCUACUCUCUGCCAAAGCUCAUCUCCCAGCUCUAUGAGGAGUCCAUCUUCAUCUCCAUCGGCCACCGCGAGUUCCAGAUCCCGCGCGAUUCCUUCUCCGAGCCGGGCAACUCACCCAACUUCUUCAGCCUGGGCUUCGCCAUCUUCUUCAGCAACCCUUCCGCAGACCUAUUCCCCGGUCUUGACAGGGAGGGCCUGAUCCGCCCGCCUAGCAUCCUGCCCCCCAGCGUGCCCAAUCGCAGCGCCGACACCUUCGCCGAGCUGCUGCACUUGCUAAGGGGCUACCCUGUCGACAUCCGCUCCGAGGCCCAUCGCGCCUCCCUGCUGCGCGACUGCCGCUACUUCAACUUCAAGGGCGUCGAGCAGCGCCUCAUCCCGCACAGCAUCAGCUUCAACCAGUCCCGCGCCAAGGACGAGAUUGUCCUGCGCCUGGAGGACAUCCUCAAGUCGGGCAUCUCCGUCCUACCAGAGCGCAUGGACAUUGCCGCCAGGGAGAGGGAUAACUUCCUCGGCUGGGUCAACUACGCCCGCCCCUUUGUCGACAGCAGCCAGCGGCCCGCGGAGUUGGUCCUCGAGAUCGGCGGCGAGUGCACGCGGCUGCACUUCGACAAGGACGGUGGCGGCGGCGGGGGAACGCGGCUGGAGUUCUUUCGGGAGAUGAGGACCAGGGUCACGAAGCUGUUCGAAGUGAUCGCAUCCAAGCUCAACCUCCCGCCGACCACGCAGCCCCUUGGCCUGCUGAUGGCGAGCGGGGGCGCAUCGAGCCAGCCGGCCACACCGGGCAACACGCCGCUCAGCGAGGACCUGGUCAAGUGUGUGCUGGAGGCCGAGACGGCCGUUACCCUGGACGGGCAGAGGUACACGGGCCACCUGCCCAGCAUCUUCGAUCCCUCGGACGACGUCAUGGAAACUCCUGGCGGGGGCAACAACAUGUCAGCGCCGUCGAGCGCCGGUCCGGCAAACAUGGAUUCUCCAGCCAGCCUCGCCGGCCUGUCCCUCAACCCCCCGCGGAAGCGAAGGCGAGCAGCAGACGGGAGUGUCGUGGGCGUCGACGGCGGGGCGGGCUUGCCCACCAGGGGCUUCUGGAUCGUACGCACCGGCCAGUGGAGGCUGCGCAUUCAGGCUGCCAAGAACGGCAGGAGUGCCGUGGAGUGCGUGCUGAUUGCCGUGAAACUAGAUGCUAUGAGUGGGGAGCACGCCAGGAAUGAGGCUAGGGGGUUCUUGAAAGGGUGA